AUGGCUGCCCCGAACCGCAGCUUUGCGCAGCGCAUGGCCUCCAUGGCCUCCAACACUUCCAACACGUCCAAGUUCGAGAGCUGGGACGACGGCGACUUUGAAGACAGCGACGGCCUGCUCUUCAAGAACUCUGCGAUACAAACCCUAUCCUCGCGCAUGUCGGUGCGCUCCGAAUCCAACACGGGCGACGACGACUGGCAGGUGCUCAUCACCCCGAAUGACGACCUGUCAACAAACCGCGCCAUCCACUCGGCGAAGCAGGCCGGCAUCCCCAUCCCCACAAGCGUGCCGUCGUCGGCGCUGCUGGGCGGCACCAUCAAGAGACUGGGAAAAAAGAAGUCGACGCGCAAGAUGGACGUCGACGACGACUGGGGCAACGACCUGGAACUGCCCACCAACGCGCCGGGCGGGCUGAAGCUGAAGACCCCGACGCCGCACACGCCCGCCGAAGAGCACGACGACUUUGACGACUGGGGCGAGGGCAGCCUGGGCAUCCGCUUUGCCGGCACGCGACGAGACACGCGGGGCGCCCGGAGCUCCUCGGUGUCGGCCAUGAGCCCCAGCAUGGGCAGCUGCAUGACGCUCGAGAGCGAAGACGACGACCUCAAUGGCCUCGUGCUCCCCACCGAGCCGCUCGACUUCGGUGCUCGCCUCGAGAAGCUCAAGAAGACACAACUGCCAACCCCAGACGCAUCCCCACUGCCACAGCAACGCGACCCGCCGCCCACCUCUGCACCCACAUCAACUACACCAGUUGACUUCCCGUCGUCGCCUUUGCCAUUCCCAUCGUCGCCGGCUGUGGAGCCUACCGCGUCACCCCGGUCGCCCCGUGUCGAGAGCCCAGCCGCGCCCUCGCUAGACAGUCCAUUCGAGCAGUCGCCCAAGUCCAAGCCGAAGCCUGCGCACGACGAAGAGGACUUCCUCGACGGCCUCGACUUUGGCGGCGGAGACAUCUUCGACAGCGCAAAGCUGACCCUCAACCGCAAUGUCGUCGUCAAGAAGCCAGAGCCCAAGGCCCAUGCACCCCCAGCCGCACGUCCCGCAACCACCAUUACCUUUACAGACCGACCAAACUCGUCGCGGAUCCCUCGGCCCCUCCCCUCGACGGCGAGCCGCAGCAGACUUACACCCGUCUACGAGAGUGGUGCAUCGACGACGCAAGCUCAGAGCCGGCCCAUGCCCACCACCACGAGCGCGCAGCUUCUUCGCGCAAAGCGAUCUGCUCCAUUGCUUCGCAACAGCAACCUCAACCCAGCUCGUGGCCAUGUACCCUUCCUUCCCGCCGGCAGCGGCAACGCACAGUCGCAUCAUGUCAUGUCUAGGGGCUCGCAACCUCAGCUGCGUCGCGACUCAGACCCCAAUCGCCGGCCGCAGUCACCUUCAAUGCGCCCCUACUCGCGCGCCGAGACGCCUAGCCGUACUGGUGUGAGAAGAGACCUUGCUCCCUCUGCGCUGGCACGUCACCCGCCUCCCAAGAAGCUAACGCAACCUCAGCGCAAGCGCAACUAUGGUGAUGGCCACGAGCUCGACUCCUUUGACGACCUGCCGACUUCAGCAACGAAAGAAAAGGUAUUCGAAAAGGCACCACGCAAUGUCGCGAGCAACAAGUCCUUGCGACAACAGCCGAGCCUUUCGAGACUACCCAUGCCGGAUCGAAUGGCAACGCCCAUGCCACAGACACCGCGAAGCCCGCCGAAGAUGGACCACACCCCACGCUUUGCUCGAGACACUGCAGCUAGUAGGAACGCACGUGAGCAACGCUUGGCAGGUACGAGAUCAAGAGCCGAUGGCCCCAUGGCACCGCGACCCAUGAGCUGGGCAGCCCAAGUCGCUGCACGCAGUCCUCAUACUAGUCCUGUUGCUCACAAGAAGAAAGGAUCAGGACAAAAGCCACAGCUGAUCCGACAAAUGACACAGCCUAAUGCCUUCAGUGAGUUGCGCGCCCCUUUGGUGCAGCAUAUUUCUGACCUCCUUGCAGAUGAAAAAGGCAUGGUUUUCAACCCAACAUUGCAACGUUGGGAAGGAAACGAAGAGAUUCUUGCUUCCUUCACUACCCUUCCCAACUCUUCCACCACUACUCUUGCUUUGACUACUGCUAGCACUCCGACGUUUGCACCGCCUGGACAUUCGUUCAACAGAUCACAUGACCGCUCGCGCUCCAUAUCGCAUAAUGCGUUGUCAUCUAUUCAUGCAGCCCAGAAGAGCUUUUCCUCGCGCAUGGCAAAAAUUGCGCCGCCGCCGGCACCAGCAGCGCCCAUGCCGGUGCCAUCGCCUCCACGACCUGCACUCAUCUCGCACAUAUCUGCUCCCCGCGGUGUCCUACACGAAGGCCGCAUGGUCUUUGACCCUGUCAAGAUGAAGUGGCUCAAAGCUGCUCGCCACUCGAAUGACCCGCGGUCGCCAUCAGAACUCGAUGAGGAAGAAGAAGACCCAUUUGCUGGCAUCGAAGACUUCAAAGACAAUGAAAGCGUCGCGGGCCGAAGCAACGCACCAGGCGAUGUUGGCUCGCCCGACAUCCAAGACGGAGGCUUUGUGGGCGAAGAAUUUGACGUUGGCCCUGGCUUCAUCCGCCGCCAACGCGAAGAAGAAGCCAUCUGGCGCCGCCGCGUCGAAGGCUGGGUCGGCGGUCUGCGCGACACCGGCGAGCAAAGAGGAGGAUGGAAAUGGGCGAUUCGCGAAUUCGCCGCGAGUGCCUCGUCGGCAUACUAA